UUGCUACUAAACUGAUUACGCAACCCAAAACCUGUAUUGGUUUCAAGUAUAUCAAAAGAUAUACUUCUUUGUAAUUACAUACAGCUUUAGUUAUUCAUGUCGGACAGUGUUAUAAGUCAGUGAGUCUUGUCAAAAUGUUAGAAAAGGUUAUUCUGCAUUUAAGAGUCCAUUCAUAUUCUGGAAAAUUAUCUAAAUGGAAUUCUCAAAUGUUCAGAAACAACAGCUUGUAAAGGCCACCCAGGAAAAGUAUGCUUUAUUUGAAAAAGCUAAGUGUGAUCUUUAUCAAAAUGUUGCUGAGUUAAAAUCCCAAAUCCGCUCACAAACGAGUCGCCUUCUGGAAGCCUUGCAAAAUCGAGAGGUGCAACUCAUUAAUCAGGUGGAUAUGAUCAAAAGUUCAAAAGAAGAAGUAUUACAAAAGAAGUUAGCUGCUCUUAAUUGUAAGCUUGACAAGUUGCAACAUACAGUUAAAUGUUCUGAUGAAGAAAACUAUGUUUUGGAGGAUAACUUUGAAAGCCUCUGUCUUCGUGAUAUGGUCCCCGAGGAACCUAUGCACAUGACAUUUAAACCAACACCAAUCGGCUUGAAAGAUGUUGUGAUGAAUUUUGGUAAAAUCACUUCAAAUGGAGUUUCUCUCUCAACAUUUGCUGAGUCAGACACUUCACCAACCAGUUUAUCAAAACAAUCUGAAGAUUAUAGAAAUGUAUCACACAAGGCAGUUGAACAGACAAAGCAGGCUUCAAACUCUGUGAAAUCGCUUGUAACCAGUGAAUGGCUGGCCAAACCACGAAAGAAACCUUCUUUGAGCAAGAUCAGCACACCAAUUAAUUCUAAAGUUAUCUUUGCACCAUUCAAGACAUGUAGAACAGCUGACUGGUUGGCUAGCCCCAAAUCCCUAUCUCCUUCACAAAACAGCAGUUCUGUUUGUCUUGCUGAAUUACCUAAAAAUGCAAGUAUUCAGAACUGGCUUCAUCAAAUAAAACAAAAUCAUGACUUUGAAGACGAUGGCUUUGAAAUUUUGGACACAGAAGAACUCAACAGUGAUGAAGAUACUGAUUCUAUUGAGAUUGUUUCAAGUAGCCCUGCAUCUGUAAACAGUGAAAUAUUGAAGAAUGCUAUUGGAUGCAAAAGAACCCCUGAUAUAGAUAACAGUGUUUGGUUGGCUGCUAAACGAAAGCCUAUGCCUCUUGGAAGGUCAUCCAAAACUUUGCCAACAUUUUCUUACUUUAAGAAAAUUGCAGCCCAAGAUCCAAGUGUCUGGCUUGUUAAGAAAAGGUCUUUGAGUAGUAGUAAUGUGUCUACAAAACCAGUUACUUGCAGUGACCAUGGACUCGCUAAAAAUUGUGAUAUUGAAAACCUUGGUGAUUCUUCUUGUGUUGAGAAUCUAACAAAGAAGUUCAGAGAACUUUCACAAAUUUCUAAAUGUCCUGAUCCUAAACUUAGUACAUUAGGCUUAAGCUCUGAUCAGUUACCACCAGUAAGCUCAGUGUGCAAAGCUAAUGAAGUUUGUGAGAAAUACAGCGAGUGUGUUGUUCAACCGAAUUGUGGUGAAAGAAAUUGGUUUGCAAAAGCGUUUGAUGCUACUAAUAAUACGGAAGCCGUUAAUCACAUCAGCCAAACUCCUGUCUUCAAAGCAGAUCCCAAGUUAGAUCAAUUUGCUUGUAAGAAAGACCCUUUUCAGCCAUUCCAGGCAACGUUUGAUUAUUCAUUCUGGUUAAAGAAAGGGAAAGACAAGGAAAAUAUACCCCAAAGAUGUUCUAAUUUGAAACGAGACAGUAACAGUUUUUCCAGUCUGUAUGAUUGGUUAAGUCCAGAGAGUAAAAAAAACAUCCAGGUCUUAAAUGAAAAUAAAUUUAAAUUCUAGCAUAUUAAUAACUUGAGCAAGUUUGCUAAUCUCUAGUAGGAUUAGGAAUUAAAAACAAAAAUAAAAUUAUAUAAACUAAGAUAUUAUAUUCAUUAAUUAGAAAGUUUGAUUAAUCACUAUAUUAAGUAGGACACAUUUUUCUGUUGAUAAUAUAGGAUUUGUUUUUGUUAAUCUUGUGUUUGUGUACAAAUGUAUUGGCAUAAAUACCUUCCAGUUGCAAUGGUUUGUGUGUGUCUCUGUUACAUAGAUCUGAAUAUAUGUAUAUGUGUGUGCUGUUUGUACAUGUGAAUGUGUGUACAAUUGUAUGUCACUUGUAGGUUGGUUUUAUAUUGCCUUUUAUGAAGAUAUUUUUAAUUUCUGUUUGGUGCUCAUUCGAGGUCUGUAAUUAAUAGACUUAGUCUCUUUUUCCAAGAAUAUAAAACCAGCUUAACUUUGUUCUUCCUAGUCUGUUGCUUCUAUAAAUGAUUAGAAUAAAACUGAACAUGUAUUUGGAUCUGAUUUCUAACAUGUGUCUCGUAGAUGCUUUGUUUCUCUUAUAAUAACUUUUACAACGGUGAUAUUGAACAAGUAGCAGACCAUAUUCUUAUUUUGUGGUUCUUGAUUCAAAAUUAGGUUAGUUAUGCUGAGAAUAAUUUUAACUUUACUUUUAGUUUCCACCAAUCUUUUUGAAACCUUUUAAACCUUGUUUAUCUACAUUGGAGAUCAAAGUUUUAUUUUAUUGUACAUAGGAAAGUAUUGUCAUGAGGAGUUUUUUACAAUUUGCUGAUAUAGUUGAUUUUCUUGACCAUAUUUUGCAUAACUCAUUUUUAUUGAUUUGCACAUAUCCCUAGAACUUGUCCAACAAGUUUUUUAUUGCACUUAGGACAUAUUUCUUCGCUUAGGCAAAGAGUGCUAACAACUGAUAAUAUAGGUGUAGUCUUUAUAAUGGUGCUUUAUUUUGUUCUAU